GGCGGGAAGGGCAGCCCCGGCCGCCCGCACUAUGCCCCGCCGAGGGGGGCUGCCGGCCCCCGCCGCCGCCCGCCGGCCCCCCCCGCUCCUCCGCCUCCUCCUCCGCCUCCUCCUCCUGGCCGCCCCGCUGCAGCCCGGCAGAGGUAAGGGCCCCCGAGCCGCGGCCGCGCGUUGGGACGAGGAGUUAACUUUCUUUUGCUUUGCUUUCCUUUGCUUUGCUUUGCUUUGCGUUCCCCUCCGCCGGCCGGCUUCAUCAACCCCGCUUCCAUGUCUGCCCGGUGCGUGCCCCUGCGGCGGGGCUGUGCCCGCAUCCCUGUGCGGAGGUCUCCGUCGGAGCCCCUCCCGGUGGUGCUGCUGGCGCCGGUCCUCCGCGGGACCCCGAGCUCCUCGAGUCCCGUUCUGCCUCUGGAAUCUCACCGGGGCACCGCGGAACGGGUUGAGUUGGACCUGAUCCCGUCGAGCCUGGCCCUGGGCACCUCCAGGGAUGGGGCAUCACCAGCAUAAGUAAAGCGAUCCUUUCCUCGUACAUAGCUGGGUGAAGCAUAGAGCAUAUCGCUUUUCUCCUCCCCAGCAAGCUACUGCAUUCAUCCCGCAGUUUGGAGGAGCUGCCCGGACAGGGUUUUCUUGCAAAACAGGUUUAAAAUGCGGUCUGAUUGCCCGGAGCAUCUUCACGAGUAAAACUGUGGUGUACCUUUCGCGAGGGAUUCCCAUCUCGCUCUGCAUCGUUGGUGUUAUGUAUUAAAAUCUCAGCAGCCCGCUGGGAAGCGCUGCCUUCCCCGGCUCAGUGGGGCUGCUGUGGCUCUGUCUGAGGGCAGGAUGGGUCCAGAGAUGCUGUCUGAGCCUGCUGGGUCCUUCUGUACAAUGCAGUUGAGGUUUAGGAGCUCGUGGCAUCAGGGCAGAUGUAUACACGGAGUGCAGCUUGGCAGUACAGGGGGUGGAUUUAUCAUCCUCCGGAGAAAUCCCAGCUAAAUCCUGGGUGGAAUUUUUUGCAUUGCGUGAAGUUCAGUGGAAAGGAGUGGCUUUGUUAAUGUGGUGGAGGGAGCUGAGUUUCUUCUCCUUGCCCGGUGGACGAGCACAGGCAUCCUCAGGUCCUUCCUUUGCCUGGUUCAGUGUGAUCCAGCAUGAAAUUCUGCACCGAACUGGGUGCAGCAAAGAUCAUCACUGGGAAAGCACUGUGCCUUUGUGCUCCAGCUCAGAAAGAUCAGCUUGCACCCCCAGUCCAGCAGCUUAACAGAGCUGAAUUUUCACAACAGUGCUGGAAAUGUUUUGGUUUUGCUCCCAAGUAGGGAAAAGACCCCCAACAAAUACCCCUGGAGGAAUGUUCCACGGAGCGCUGCGCCACGGCUGGCCUUUGGUUGUGGCACCCAAUGGACCGGAGGAGACCUCGGUUUUCAUUCAGACAUCGCUGUGGCCAAGUAAACAUUCUGAAACCCAUCAGUCAGGAACAGAGAUAAAUGCUGUCCUAUUUCCAGGCGGAUGGGCAGGGAAGCCUGCUGGGUAGCUGGGGUGCAGGGAUUGGCUUCAGAGAGGGGUUUUGGAAAGGCUUUAGUCAGUGCUGGAAGCCAUUGCAGCUGUAGGGCUCGGAAGUGUGAGUGUUAAUCUCCCUGCACGCUGUAACUGCUGAACAAGCCGCCUUUUGCUUUCUGUUACAUCUUUAUACUUAGUGCCCAGGAGCUGAAACACAACUUCUCAAUGUGAACGAGGAAUGAGACACAUGGGUCUCAACCUGUGCACGAGUGGAAGCGCCUCAUCCUGCGAAGAGUGUCUCCUCAUCCAUCCCAAAUGUGCGUGGUGCUCCAAAGAGGAGUUCGGCAGCACGAAGUCCGUCCCAUCGCGGUGCGACUUCCUGAAGAACCUCAUUGCCAACGGUUGCGCCGGAGCCAUCGAGAACCCGCGCAGCAGCAGCAGCGUGGUGAAGAACGUCCCCUUGAGCAGCAAGGGCUCUGGGCAGACCCACCUGGAUGUCACACAGAUCACCCCGCAGAAGGUCGCCCUGAGUCUUCGUCCCGGUGACCGGACUUCCUUCCGAGUUCAGGUCCGGCAAGUGGAGGACUAUCCCGUGGACCUGUACUACCUGAUGGAUCUCUCCCUGUCCAUGAACGACGACCUGGACAAUAUUCGCAAUCUGGGGACCAAGCUGGCUGAAGAGAUGCGAAAGCUCACUAGCAAUUUCCGGCUGGGUUUUGGCUCUUUUGUGGACAAAAACAUUUCUCCUUUCUCCUACACGGCACCGAGAUACCAAAACAAUCCCUGCAUUGGCUAUAAGCUGUUCCCAAGCUGCGUCCCCUCCUUUGGUUUCCGCCACCUCUUGUCCCUGACGGACAAAGUCGACCGUUUUAAUGAAGAAGUGCAGAAGCAGAAGGUGUCCCGGAACAGGGAUGCCCCAGAGGGCGGUUUCGAUGCAAUUUUGCAGGCUGCUGUGUGCAAGGAGAAGAUCGGCUGGCGAAAGGAGGCAUCCCACCUGCUGGUCUUCACCACAGACGAUGUGCCCCACAUAGCUCUGGAUGGGAAGCUGGGGGGCCUGGUGCAGCCCCAUGAUGGCCAGUGCCACCUGAACGAGGCCAAUGAGUACAGCGCGUCCAGCCAGCUGGAUUACCCUUCCCUGGCACUCCUUGGGGAGAAACUGGCUGAAAACAACAUCCACCUGAUAUUCGCUGUUACAAAAAGCCACUAUGUCCUGUACAAGAACUUCACUGCUUUGAUUCCUGGGACCACAGUGGAGAUUUUGCAUAAGGACUCCAAGAAUAUCAUCGAGCUGAUCGUCAAGGCCUACAACAGCAUUCGGUCCAAAGUAGAACUCACUGUCUGGGACAGCCCUGAGGACAUUGGCUUGACCUUCACUGCCACCUGCCAGGAUGGAUUGUCCUAUCCUGGGCUCAGAAAAUGUGGAGAUCUCAAGAUAGGAGAUACGGUUUCCUUCGAGGUGUCGGUGGAGGCCCGCAGCUGCCCGGCUGAGGACACUUCCCACGUCUUCACCAUCAAGCCAGCCGGCUUCCGUGACACACUGGAGGUGACUGUCACCUACAACUGCCUGUGUGGCUGCACCGGCCUCGCGGAGCCAGCCAGCGGCAAGUGCAGCGGCAAUGGGACCUAUGCCUGCGGGCUGUGCGAGUGCGAUGCCGGCUACCUGGGGGCCCGCUGUGAAUGUGAGGAGGGGGCCGGCGGGGAGACCCAGCCCGGGCUGUGCCGUGAGGUGGAGGGAAAGCCCGUCUGCAGCGGGCGGGGGGAAUGCAGCUGUAACCAGUGCGUCUGCUAUGAGAGCGAGUUCGGGAACAUCUACGGGCCCUUCUGCGAGUGUGAUGACUUCUCCUGCGCUCGAUACAAGGGAGUCCUCUGCUCAGGCCAUGGAGAGUGUCACUGUGGGGAGUGCAAGUGCCACACAGGCUACAUCGGGGACAACUGCAACUGUUCCACCGAGACCGCCGGCUGUGUCUCCAGCGAUGGGCAGAUGUGCAGCGGCCGCGGCAACUGCAUCUGUGGGAGGUGCCAGUGCACCGAGCCCGGGGCGUUUGGGGAGACCUGUGAGAAGUGUCCCACCUGCCCAGGGGUCUGCAGCACCAAAAGGGACUGCAUUGAAUGCAAGCUGUUUAACUCAGGAAGACUGGAUAACCAAACCUGCCAAAAGCACUGCAAGGAUGAGCUCAUCACCACCGUGGAUGUUCUCAAAACGGAUGACCCCAAUGCGAUCCUAUGUGCCUACCCAGUGAACAACUGCGUCAUGAAGUUCACCUACUCAGAGCUCGCCAGUGGGAAGUCCAACCUCACCGUCCUCAAGGAGCCAGCAUGCAGCUCAGCCCCCAGUGCCGUGACCAUUGUGCUGGCUGUCAUUGGCAGCGUGGUGCUGAUUGGCACCAUCCUGCUGGGGCUCUGGAAGCUGCUCGUCACCAUUCACGACAGGAGGGAGUUCGACCGAUUCCAGAGCGAACGUACGCGGGCGAGAUACGAAAUGGCAUCCAAUCCUCUCUACCGAAAGCCCAUUUCUACGCAUAACGUAGAGUUCACAUUCAACAAGCUCAACAAAUCUUACAACGGUACAGUUGACUGAUCAGGUCUCAGCACAUGGGACCGCAGUGGACAAUUGCUUGACUGUAUUUGCUGCUUCUCGACUUGAAGAUGGGAUCCUCUUCAGGGGAGAGAAUAGUUUACAACAGGACUGGUCGAUGACGCGAGCCUGUUAUUUGCACAGUAAGGAGAAAAGCAGCAUGUGUGCUGUCUGAUUUCGGACGUGCCGAUGCCAUGGCAGGCUCACCAGUUGUGCUCGUGGAUUCCGAGCCCUGUGACACCACAGCCCCAGGUUUCUGGAACUAUGAAACCUGCCAACGAAGAGAACCAAGUGCCACAUUGCAGCUUUAGACAUAUCCCAUCCCACUAGAAAGGGUGAGUAGGCCAAAAUGAGGGGAAGCCACGGCAUUGCAAGUUGGGAGGGGGGAAUUAGCUUAAAAAGAGGAGGGUGUUGGAAGCAUCUGUGUAAGAAAUUAGGAUACAAGAGUUCUGCAGUCUUUAGAAUUUUUUUUUAUAUAAAAACAAAAUAAAACUAUUGUGCAUA